AUGACAGCAGCAGCAGCAGCAGCAGAUAGCGCUGCAGAGCCGCCGCCUGCCCAUGUAAGCACACUCGACGACCCACCGGCAGCAGCAGCAACUGCAGCAACUGCAGUAGCAGCAUCUGCUGCUGCUGCGCGCUCAUCACCGCGAGGUAUAGAUGAGGCUGAUGCGGCCCUAGAGCCGCCUGCUGCUGCUGCAGGGGCCCCUGAUGACCCUGUAGCAGCUGCGGCACCGACGGCUGCAGCAGCAGCAGCAGCAGCAGCAGAAAGAACAGCAGCAGCAGUAGCAGCACAAUUUCCGUGGGAUGAACUGCGUGAGGCCGCGCUAGAGGCCUGCUGCGCUGUGGAGAAGGAGCUGACGGCGCUGCUGCAGGACAGCAAGAAGAAGUACAGCAGCAGCAGCAGCAGCAGCAGCAGGUUGCAUGACUCAUGUGUUGCUGCUAUUGCGCUGCUGCAGCAGCACAUGGACAGGCUGAGUGAAGGCCUACCGGUCUUGGCUGCAGCAGCGCAGCGGUCUGCAGCAGCAGCUUCGCAGGAGUCAGCAGCAGCAGCAGCAGCAGCGCUGCAGCAGCAGCAAGCAGCAGCAGAAGCAGCAGCAAGUCUCCUGGCUGCCUUCCCUGUCAGAGAAAUG